AUGCAUUCCGUAGUCUUGCGCAGAGCGACUGCGUUCGCUGCAAGACCUUCUCUGAACCUCGCCCGCUCCUAUGCUACGGCCAAGCCCGCUGCAUCGGAGGUCUCCUCCAUUCUCGAGUCGAGGAUUGCUGGCACCUCUCUCGGCGGUGACGUUCAAGAGACUGGUCGUGUCUUGACCAUCGGUGACGGUAUUGCCCGUGUCUACGGUCUUCGCAAUGUACAAGCUGGUGAGCCUUGCGGCCUAAACGAGGAGAUGGUGGAAUUCUCAUCUGGCGUUCGCGGCAUGUGCCUCAACUUGGAAGCUGACAAUGUCGGUGUUUCCGUCUUCGGUAGCGAUCGUCUCAUCAAGGAAGGAGACACUGUCAAGCGAACUGGCCAAAUCGUCGACGUUCCCGUCGGAACAGCUCUCCUUGGUCGUGUCGUCGAUGCUCUCGGAAACCCAAUCGAUGGAAAAGGUCCAAUCGAAGCUUCUGAGCGUCGCCGAGCCUCCGUCAAGGCUCCUGGUAUCUUGCCCCGCCGUUCGGUCAACCAGCCCAUGUUGACGGGUCUCAAGCCCAUCGACGCCAUGGUGCCCAUUGGUCGUGGACAGCGUGAGCUGAUCAUUGGUGACCGUCAGACUGGCAAGACCGCCGUCGCCAUUGACACCAUCCUCAACCAAAGGAGGUGGAAUGACGGCCAGGAUGAGAGCAAGAAGCUGUACUGCGUUUACGUCGCCGUCGGACAAAAGCGUUCCACCGUCGCCCAGCUCGUCCAGACUCUCGAGGAGAACGAUGCCAUGAAGUACAGUAUCAUCGUCGCCGCCACCGCCUCGGAGGCCGCCCCUCUUCAGUACCUCGCUCCCUUCUCUGGUACUGCCAUGGCCGAAUACUUCCGUGAUAACGGCAAGCACGCUUUGAUCAUCUUCGACGACUUGUCCAAGCAGGCCGUCGCAUACCGUCAAAUGUCGCUCCUUCUCCGUCGUCCUCCAGGUCGUGAGGCUUAUCCUGGUGAUGUCUUCUACCUCCACUCCCGUCUGUUGGAGCGUGCGGCCAAGAUGAACGACAAGUUUGGUGGAGGAUCGCUCACGGCUCUUCCCAUCAUUGAGACCCAGGGUGGUGAUGUGUCUGCCUAUAUCCCAACCAACGUCAUUUCCAUCACCGAUGGUCAGGUCUUCUUGGAGUCCGAAUUGUUCUUCCGUGGUGUCCGCCCAGCCAUUAACGUCGGUCUCUCGGUCUCUCGUGUCGGUUCUGCUGCCCAGACCAAGAUCAUGAAGAAGUUUGCCGGUUCGCUCAAGCUGUACCUUGCUCAGUACCGUGAAGUCGCCGCUUUCGCCCAGUUCGGUUCCGAUCUCGAUGCCUCGACCCGUUUCUUGCUUUCGCGUGGUGCCCGUCUCACCGAGCUCUUGAAGCAAGGCCAGUAUGAGCCAUUGCCGACUGAGAUUCAGGUACCCAUCAUCUUCGCUGGUGUCAACGGUCUCCUCGACCCCAUCCCAGUUGACAAGAUCACCAAGUGGGAGCAGGAAUUCCGCAACCACCUUACCAGCACACAAGGUGCCCUCCUCCAGAAGAUCUCGGAGGGUGUCAUCAACCCUGAACUCGAAGCAGAGAUUAAGAAGGUUGUCACUGACCACGUCAGCGCCUUUGCUUCGUAG